AUGUCUUCAAGUUUUAACACACUCGAGAGAGAAAAAUUGUUUUUAAAUCCAAAUUCAAAGAAAUUCGGUGUACCUAGAUUACAAGAAAUAGUAAAGCCUCAUGUUGAUUCGUUUAAUUGUUUAUUAGAACCUCCUACAAAAAGCUUGUUGAAUUUUGCUAUUGAUGAUAUUGGAGUUCGGGAAAUUUUUGAUGUUCCCGUUGAUAGUCUUGUAGCAGGAAAUAAAUUAUCAAUAUGGAUUGAUGAAGUAAAUAUUGCAAGGCCAUUAUUGCCAGAAAAUGUUAGUGUUAGACUUACUAGUACAAGAUUAAUAUAUCCUACAGAGUGCCGUGAAAGAUUGACAACUUAUGCAGGAAGGAUGACUAUUAAAUUGUGUUGGAAAGUAAAUGAUGGGCCUGUUAAUAUCGAAUCUAAGUAUAUGGGAAUGGUUCCUAUAAUGGUCAAAUCUAAUCGAUGUAAUUUACAAAAUCUUUAUUCAAAACAAUUGAUCCAACAUCAUGAAGAAUCGGAAGAAAUGGGCGGAUAUUUCAUAGUAAAUGGAAUAGAGAAAAUCAUUCGUCUUUUAAUGGUUCAAAGACGUAAUUAUGUAAUGGCACUCGUUCGUCCCUCAUUUGCAAAUAGGGGUACAAAUUAUUCAGAAUAUGGAGUAACAAUUAGAUGUGCUAAGCCUGAUCAAACAACAUUUACAAAUACAUUACAUUAUUUAAAAGAUGGUGGUUGUAAUUUAAGAUUUUCUUGGAGAAAAAACGAAUAUGUCAUUCCAGUUAUUUGGGUACUAAAGGCACUUUGUGAUGUUACCGAUAAAGAAAUAUUUGAGAUGUUGAUGCAAGGAAAUUUUGAUAAUACAUUUUUAGCAGAUCGUAUUGAAUUAAUGCUUGUGAAUUUCCGGGGAUAUAAUAUCCUGAAACAAGAUCAAUGUGUUUCCUUGCUAGGUGAAAAAUUCCGGAUAAUAUUUUCAUUUCCAAGUUUUUAUUCCAAUAAAAAGGUUGGAGAAUACAUGUUAAAAAAAGUGAUAUUAGUUCAUCUUAAAAAUAAUAGAGAUAAAUUUAAUUUAUUAUGUUUUAUGAUUCAUAAACUUUAUUCUCUUGCUGCAGGAAAAUGUUGCCCAGACAAUCCUGACUCGCCACAAAAUCAAGAAAUUCUUUUAAGUGGAUAUUUAUAUGCAAUUAUUAUCAAAGAAAAGUUAUCAGAUUUUCUUUAUGAAAUUCGUAGUACAGUAACUACGCAACUUAGAUCAGGAAAAGAAGUAAACUUUAAUGAUAAAAAAUAUAUAAAUAAUCUAUUCGCAAAAAUUCCUUGCGAUAUUGGAAAGAAAUUAUCGUAUUUCUUAGCAACAGGGAAUCUUAUAUCACGUACAGGAUUAGAUUUAAUGCAGACUUCCGGUUAUACAAUAGUUGCUGAAAAACUUAAUUUCUACAGGUUCAUUUCACAUUUUCAAUGUGUUCAUCGUGGUUCUUUCUUUACUGAGUUAAAAACCACAACAACUAAACAUCAAAAAUUUUUUUUUGAAGGAUUCAUUUGUCCAGUCCACACACCAGAUGGUACUCCUUGCGGAUUACUUAAUCAUUUUUCACAUGCUUGUAGAAUAGUUACCGAAAGACUUAAUACAAAUGAUUUACCAGAAAUAUUAUACAUGUUAGGUGUACAAGAAGCUAUUUCUUCAGAUUAUUCACAUAAACCUAAAAAAAAUCAAUUAUGUGUUCAGUUGGAUGGGAAAAUUCUUGGGUGGUGUGAAAACAAAUUUUCUGGGAAGCUUAUAGUCAUACUACGAUCAAUGAAAUAUGAUAAGAAAAAAAAAGUACCUCUUGAUCUUGAAAUUGGUUAUGUUCCUACUUCGAAUGGAGGUCAAUACCCAGGCAUUUAUCUAUUUUCAUCACAAGCACGUAUGAUGCGGCCAGUUAGAUAUUUGGCUAAUAAUAACAUUGAUAUGGUUGAUAUAGUUGAAGGAGUCACAACUCAUCAAGAGAUUUCUCCGACAAACAUUCUAAGUAUUCUUGCUAAUUUAACACCAUUUUCUGAUUAUAAUCAAAGUCCACGUAAUAUGUAUCAAUGUCAGAUGGCUAAACAAACGAUGGGUACGCCAUCAACUGCUAUUAUGCAUAGAACAGAUAAUAAAAUGUAUCGAUUACAAACAGGUCAAACACCUAUUGUUAGGUCUAAUGUAAUUCACAAUAAAUAUGGUUUAGACGGGUUUCCCAAUGGUAUAAAUGCUAUUGUUGCAGUAAUUUCAUAUACAGGUUAUGAUAUGGAAGAUGCUAUGAUCAUCAACAAGUCUUCACAUGAAAGAGGUUUUACAUAUGGAACCAUAUAUAAAUCAGAAGUGAUUAAUCUUGCUGAUUAUCGAAUAGGUAGUGAAAUAAACGUUCAUUUUGGUCUUGGGCCAGAUGCUCCUGCAUCUUUACGUAAGAAGAUUGAUGAUGACGGAUUUCCAUAUAUUGGGAUAAAGUUGACAAAUGGUGAUCCUUUAUGUACCUACAUUGACUCAAAAGGUGUUACUAAAAUAAAAAAAUACAAAGGAUUAGAGGAUUGUUAUGUGGAUAAAGUACGGGUUUUAGGUGAUGAUUUGGGACUUUAUGAGGCUCAAAAAGUCCACAUUAUGUUAAGAAUUCCGAGACCAGCUAUCAUUGGUGAUAAAUUUUCUUCAAGGCAUGGACAAAAAGGUGUUUUGUCACAAAAAUGGCCCCAAGUUGAUAUGCCAUUUACAGAAAGUGGUAUGCAGCCAGACAUUAUCAUCAACCCUCAUGCUUUCCCCUCGCGUAUGACUAUUGGGAUGUUUGUGGAGAGUUUAGCUGGGAAAUGUGGCGCUAUGUUUGGUGUGCCGCAAGAUUGUACGCCAUUCCGAUUUGAUGAAGACCACACUGCAAUUGAUUAUUUUGGUGAAGAAUUGAGAAGAGCUGGAUUUAAUUAUCAUGGUAAUGAACCUAUGUAUAGUGGAAUCACUGGCGAGGAAUUUCAGGCAGAUAUUUAUAUUGGUGUUGUUUAUUACCAACGUUUACGUCAUAUGGUUUCGGACAAAUGGCAAGUUAGAUCCACAGGACCAGUUCAUAACCUUACUAUGCAACCUAUAGGAGGACGUAAAAAAAGUGGUGGUAUAAGAUUCGGUGAAAUGGAGCGUGAUUCACUUUUGGCACAUGGAAUGAGUUUUUCUUUACAAGAUAGAUUAUUAAAUUGUUCAGAUUAUUCACAGUGUCAUGUAUGUCGAAAUUGUGGUUCACUUUUUACUUCAGUCUCUUUUAAUACACAAUACUUGGCAAAAAGUCAGAGAAAUUUCGAGAAACAUUCUAUGAAAUGUAAUAUAUGCGAUAACUCUAAGUGGAUUGCUUUAAUAAAAAUACCUUAUGCAUUUAAAUAUUUAGCUACAGAGCUUAUUAGUAUGGGCGUAAAGAUUAAAGUAGACGUCAAAUCAUGA